AUGCAUGUUUCUAAUUCUGAACAAGUUGAGCUAGCUGCAUAUCAACUGAAGAAUAAGGCUAAGACUGGUUUCGAUCAAUGGAAGGAGGGAAGAGAUAAAGAUGCACCACAUCCAAGUUGGCCCCAUUUCAAAGAGGCUUUCUUGGGGCAUUUCUUUCCCCAAAAAUUGAAAGAGGCUAAGUUGUCCCUCUAUGAUCCUGAGGUUGUUAAGGACAUGAGGAGUAGGAUACACUUGUUCGUCGCUAGCUUGGAUCGAGCAUCAAGAAAAGAGGGAAGAGUUGCAAUGCUAACAGGCGACAUGGACAUAUCCAAGUUGAUGGUUUAUGUGCAGCAGGUUGAAGAGGAGAAGCUGAGUGAUAUAGAAGAGUAUAGAAAUAAGAAAGCUAAGACAGGGAAUGAGUCCAGGCAACAGAAGAGUAAUGCAACCCGAUCAUCCUUACAACAGAAACAGAUGGGUAAUGCCCCAUCAUCUGCUAGUGCACCUACACUUAAGAAAAAAUUUGCUCCACCAGACAAGGCUGCACCUAAGGAGCUACUUCCGAUGCUAGCAGAGGAACAAAGCGCUUGUAUGCUCUCAAUUAUCGCCAAGAGCAUGAGAACUCACCAUAUGUUGUCACUGAGACAAUUGAAAGUUAAUGAAAAGAAUUUUCCAACCCAUGACGUAGAGUUGGUUGCUCUAGUAUUCUCGUUGAAGAUAUGGCGUCACUAUUUGUAUUGUAUUCAUGUGGAUGUUUUCACUGAUCUCAAGCGCCUACAAUAUGUGUUCACUCAGAGAGAGUUUAAUCUCAUACAAAGGAGGUUGUUAGAUUUGCUUAAAGAUUAUGACAUGAGCAUUCUUUACCACCCAGUUAAGGUAAAUGUUUUUGUUGAUGCCUUAAGUAGGUUGUCUAUGGGUACUACUGCCCACCUUAAGGAAGAUAAGAAAGAAGCGGCAAAAGAAGUGUCUAGACUUGCACGCCUAGGAGACUGA